CAAAAUCCCGCUCACUCUUACCCGCUCGUUACUCCAUCUUUUUCUCAUCUAUGUCGCUUGCCCUAAAUCUCCCAAAUAAAAUUUAGCUACUUUUCUUUUCUCGAUCUGGAAUAAAAGAAAAAAAGAAACUGAAAAAGGCACAAAGGGUUUUUGGAAGCAAAGCAGAGCGAAGAACUGUGUGAAGCCAGAGCUAUCGAACAUGUUCGAGUCUUAGCACAUGAAAUCGAUGGUCGUCAAGAAAAGGCUACUGAACAAGAUGGUGUUGAAAUCUUGAUGUAUGAGAGUUUACGUUUUGCAUACGGCUUGCUUGAGGUGUUGAUCUAUGUGACUUCUAUCACCAUAUGGAAUAAAGGCAUCAUUAGCCAAAUAAUUCUUUCGUUCCCUAUAGCAGUUUUUACUGGGAGAAAUAUGUUUGCUGAAAGGAGUAAAAAAGGCAUUAGUGAUAAUAAGAUAUAUCAUUAUCACUUAAAUCUUGGAGAAAGUGUUUCUACCAGAAGGCUGACUAGGCUACCUUCAAUUCCUAAGAAUGAUGCAAAGUUCAGAACACACUUAUCCAGGAUGGGAAGGAGAUGGCAUCAGUGCUUUAUACUUAUCGCAGCUGUGUCAAAGCACUUUCUCAGGGGGUAUGUUGGAAUUCACAGUUCGGGAUUCGAAACUUUCGCUAAAACCGAGCUGCUUCGAUCUAUUGUGGAUUCUGGUUUUGAACAUCCUUCCGAAGGCAAAGUUUUAAACUCAUGUCUGAUGUUAACAUUCGUGAAUUCCAUAAAUUAAGUCAUUUUGUUUUUCUUGCUUUUAGUGACUUAUAAUGGUGGGCAGUAUACAAGUUUGGUGCUUUAUUAUUUUGAUUCUAUAUUUAUAUUUAAUCUAAUUUUUAUUAUUUA